CAAGAAUGGUUUGAAUCGAUCUCCCCUUACUCACCCCUAGCCUUUCGUGAAAGUUCUGAAGAACAAAGCCUACUUCAAGCGUUUCCAGACCAAGAUGCGUCGUCGUCGUGAGGGUAAGACCGACUACUACGCUCGUAAGCGACUGAUCAUCCAGGCCAAGAACAAGUACAACACCCCCAAGUACCGCCUGGUGGUGCGCAUCACCAACCACAAGGUGAUUGCUCAGAUCGUGUCUGCUGAGAUCAUUGGUGACCGCGUUCUGUGCGCUGCUACCUCUGCCGAGCUUCCCCGCUACGGAGUGAAGCUGGGUCUGACGAACUACGCUGCUUCUUACUGCACGGGUCUGCUGGUGGCUCGCCGUCUGCUGACGAAGCUGGGCAUGGCCGAGAUGUACAAGGGCAACGAGAAGGUGGACGGUGAGGUGAAGACCUGCGAGGGCGAGAAGAAGACGCACUUCGUCGCGGAGCUGGGCGAGAAGCGUCCUUUCCGCUGCUACCUGGAUGUGGGUCUGCGCCGCACGACGACGGGAGCCCGCGUGUUCGCUGUGCUGAAGGGCGCGAACGACGGUGGUCUGGACAUCCCGCACAAGAACACUCGCUUCUAUGGCUACAGCCGCGAGGACAAGGAGUACAACGCGGAGGAGCACCGCGACAAGAUCUUCGGCGCCCCCAUCGCGGAGUACAUGAACCAGCUGAAGGAGGAGAACGCGGAGCUCUACGAGAAGCAGUUCUCGCGCUACAUCAAGAACGGAAUCGAGGGAGACAUGCUGGAGGAGAUCUACGCGAACGCGCACAAGGCGAUCCGCGCGGAUCCGACCCCCGCCAAGAAGAGCGACUUCGACUAUGCUGCCGCCUUCAAGCAGUUCGCUCAUCCCAAGAAGCUCACCUACGAGCAGAGAAAGCAGCGCGUGGCGGAGAAGAAGGCUGCCAUGGCUCAGGAGGAAUAAGCGGGAAAGGAGCAUGUGUGGAGAUUGAGA